AUGCUUCAGGUCAUCGACACCGCCGUCCGCGAGACCCAGGCCCUCGUCCUUUCCCCGACCCGCGAACUUGCGACCCAGAUUCAGAGCGUUGUGAUGGCUUUGGGAGACUACAUGAACGUCCAGUGCCAUGCUUGCAUUGGUGGCACCAACGUUGGAGAGGAUAUUCGCAAGCUCGACUAUGGUCAACACAUCGUUUCCGGUACUCCUGGUCGUGUUGCCGACAUGAUUCGCCGCCGCCAUCUCCGCACCAGACACAUCAAGAUGCUGGUUCUCGAUGAGGCCGACGAGCUUCUUAACCAGGGUUUCCGCGAGCAGAUUUACGAUGUGUACCGCUACCUUCCGCCUGCCACUCAAGUCGUUGUCGUCUCCGCCACUCUCCCUUACGAUGUGCUCGACAUGACCACCAAGUUCAUGACCGACCCCGUCCGUAUCCUGGUCAAGCGUGACGAGUUGACCCUCGAGGGCCUGAAGCAGUACUUCAUCGCUGUGGAGAAGGAGGAUUGGAAGUUCGAUACCCUUUGCGAUCUCUACGACACCCUUACGAUUACGCAAGCCGUUAUUUUCUGCAACACCCGCCGGAAGGUCGACUGGCUGACCGACAAGAUGCGCGAAGCCAACUUCACCGUUAGCAGUAUGCACGGCGAUAUGCCCCAGAAGGAGAGAGAUAGCAUUAUGCAGGAUUUCAGACAGGGCAACAGCAGAGUUCUUAUCUCGACCGACGUGUGGGCUCGCGGUAUCGAUGUUCAACAGGUCAGCUUGGUCAUCAACUACGAUCUCCCCAGCAACCGUGAAAACUACAUCCAUCGUAUCGGUCGUUCCGGCAGAUUCGGUCGCAAGGGUGUCGCGAUCAACUUCGUUACUAGCGAGGACGUGCGCAUCUUGCGUGAUAUCGAGUUGUACUACUCGACCCAGAUUGAUGAGAUGCCCAUGAACGUUGCCGAUCUUAUUUCUUAA